CAGCAAAUACGGUGUGCGGAAACGCAUAGGCAAGAGGAGCAGGCAGCCGGGGGAGAGAGAGCUCCAUGCAAAGGCAAAAUAAAACACAUAGCAGAACAAACCCUUUAAUCCCCAACAAGCGGCGGCAGUAGCAGCAGCGAUCGUACAGUACAUAUAAAAAUAUCCUGCUCCUGCAUCAUGGUUUUUCAAACUAGGCUCCCUUCUUGGAUUAUUUUAUGCUCCAUCUGGCUGUUUCGCUUUGCACACACGGGGGAGGCACAGGCUGCAAAAGAAGUAAUAUUGCUGGACUCUAAAGCACAACAGACCGAGUUGGAGUGGAUUUCCUUUCCUCCCAAUGGGUGGGAAGAAAUUAGUGGACUGGAUGAAAAUUACACUCCUAUACGAACAUACCAGGUAUGCCAGGUCAUGGAACCUAACCAAAAUAACUGGCUUCGGACUAACUGGAUUGCAAAAGGCAAUGCACAAAGGAUUUUUGUAGAACUGAAAUUCACUCUGAGGGAUUGUAACAGUCUUCCUGGAGUACUGGGGACAUGUAAAGAAACUUUUAACUUACAUUAUUAUGAAACAGACUACGACACUGGCCGGAAUAUCCGAGAAAAUCAGUAUGUAAAAAUAGACACCAUUGCAGCAGAUGAAAGUUUUACCCAAGGUGACCUUGGAGAGAGAAAAAUGAAACUUAACACAGAGGUGAGAGAGAUUGGACCUUUGUCCAAGAAAGGAUUUUAUCUUGCAUUUCAAGAUGUAGGUGCUUGCAUUGCUUUGGUUUCUGUCAAAGUCUACUACAAGAAAUGCUGGUCUAUUAUUGAGAACUUAGCUAUUUUUCCAGAUACAGUGACUGGCUCAGAGUUUUCCUCUCUAGUUGAGGUACGAGGAACUUGUGUCAGCAGCGCAGAAGAGGAGGCUGAUAACUCUCCUAGGAUGCAUUGUAGUGCAGAAGGAGAAUGGUUAGUGCCUAUUGGAAAGUGUAUCUGCAAAGCUGGGUACCAGCAAAAAGGAGACACUUGUGAACCAUGUGGCCGAGGAUUCUACAAAUCAUCUUCGCAAGAUCUACAGUGCUCUCGCUGUCCUACUCACAGUUUCUCUGACAAGGAAGGAUCUUCCCGGUGUGAUUGUGAUGAUAGCUAUUAUAGAGCGCCUUCUGAUCCACCAUAUGUUGCGUGCACAAGACCUCCAUCUGCACCACAGAACCUCAUCUUCAAUAUCAACCAGACUACCGUGAGUUUGGAAUGGAGUCCUCCUGCCGACAAUGGGGGAAGAAAUGAUGUGACCUACCGAAUUUUGUGCAAAAGGUGCAGCUGGGAGCAGGGUGAAUGUGUUCCCUGUGGGAGUAACAUUGGAUAUAUGCCCCAGCAAACUGGAUUAGUAGAUAACUACGUCACUGUCCUGGACCUGCUGGCUCAUGCUAAUUACACUUUUGAAGUGGAAGCUGUAAAUGGGGUAUCUGACUUGAGCCGUUCCCAGAGGCUCUUUGCAGCUGUCAGUAUUACCACUGGUCAAGCAGCUCCCUCGCAAGUUAGCGAAGUAAUGAAAGAGAGAGUGCUGCAGAGGAGCGUGGAGCUUUCCUGGCAGGAACCAGAACAUCCUAAUGGAGUCAUCACUGAAUAUGAAAUCAAGUAUUACGAGAAAGAUCAAAGGGAGAGGACUUAUUCAACAGUAAAAACCAAGUCCACUUCAGCUUCCAUUAAUAAUUUGAAACCAGGAACAGUGUAUGUUUUCCAGAUUCGUGCUUUUACUGCUGCUGGUUAUGGAAAUUAUAGUCCCAGACUAGAUGUUGCCACACUAGAGGAAGCAACAGCCACAGCCGUUUCCAGUGAGCAGAAUCCUGUCAUUAUCAUAGCUGUGGUUGCUGUGGCAGGCACCAUCAUUCUGGUCUUCAUGGUGUUCGGAUUCAUCAUUGGACGAAGGCACUGUGGCUAUAGCAAAGCUGAUCAAGAAGGGGAUGAAGAACUUUACUUUCAUUUUAAAUUUCCAGGCACCAAAACCUACAUUGACCCUGAAACCUACGAGGACCCAAAUAGAGCUGUCCAUCAAUUCGCCAAGGAGCUAGAUGCCUCUUGUAUUAAAAUUGAGCGUGUGAUUGGUGCAGGAGAGUUUGGUGAAGUGUGCAGUGGGCGUCUGAAACUUCCAGGCAAGCGAGAUGUUUCAGUAGCCAUCAAAACCCUGAAAGUUGGCUAUACAGAAAAACAAAGGAGAGAUUUCCUGUGUGAAGCAAGCAUCAUGGGACAAUUUGACCAUCCCAAUGUUGUUCAUUUAGAAGGGGUAGUUACCAGAGGGAAACCAGUCAUGAUUGUAAUAGAAUACAUGGAGAAUGGGGCCCUAGAUGCAUUUCUUAGGAAACAUGAUGGGCAAUUUACAGUCAUUCAGCUAGUGGGAAUGUUGAGAGGAAUUGCUGCCGGAAUGAGAUAUUUGGCUGAUAUGGGAUAUGUACACAGGGACCUAGCAGCACGCAAUAUUCUUGUCAACAGCAACCUUGUUUGUAAAGUGUCAGACUUUGGCCUGUCCAGAGUUAUAGAAGAUGAUCCAGAAGCUGUCUACACCACUACAGGUGGGAAAAUUCCAGUACGAUGGACAGCUCCAGAAGCCAUCCAAUAUCGUAAAUUUACAUCAGCAAGUGACGUAUGGAGUUAUGGAAUAGUAAUGUGGGAAGUAAUGUCUUAUGGAGAGCGGCCUUACUGGGACAUGUCAAAUCAAGAUGUUAUAAAAGCAAUUGAAGAAGGCUAUCGUUUGCCAGCACCCAUGGAUUGCCCAGCAGGCCUUCAUCAGCUCAUGCUGGACUGUUGGCAAAAGGAACGUGGUGAAAGGCCAAAGUUUGAGCAGAUAGUUGGUAUUUUGGACAAAAUGAUUCGGAACCCAAACAGUUUGAAAACCCCUCUUGGAACCUGCAGCAGACCAAUUAGCCCUCUUCUGGACCAGAACACUCCCGAUUUCACCACAUUCUGCUCUGUAGGAGAAUGGUUACAAGCUAUUAAGAUGGAAAGAUAUAAGGAUAACUUCACAGCAGCAGGCUACAAUUCUCUUGAAUCAGUAGCCAGGAUGACUAUUGAUGAUGUGAUGAGUUUAGGGAUCACGUUGGUUGGUCAUCAAAAGAAAAUUAUGAGCAGCAUUCAGACUAUGAGAGCACAAAUGCUACAUUUACACGGCACUGGCAUCCAAGUGUGAUAGAUAUUUCUCCCUUAUGAGGGAGGUGACGGACUGAGAGAACAGCACUGGCCUUCAGUAUACAUGAAGUGCUGCUAGAAGACACUUGAUCUCCUGGGUCCUUCCUGCAGUGAAGAGAAGAUCUACAAGAAGCACCUACAGACUUGAACUCCUAAGUGCCACCAGAGGUUACUAAAAGGGAAUUGGGAUCCACCACUGAUGGCAAGGAAAACAGCAGUGACAAUAAACAAAGUACUACCUGAAACACAAACAAACACCUUGAGUUCUCUAACCUCCUUUUUAUCUAAUAGACUUUUUAAAAUGUACAUAAAGAAUUUAAAAAAGAAUAUAUUUGUCAGAUAAAAUCAUGAUAUUAUUGUUAAAUUCAGCAAAAUAUUUUCCUUAAAUCUUGAUUUAAGAAUCUUUUUUUAAUCAUUUGUGUUUAUUCUUCAUAAAGACCUUCUUUUAGUAUGAUGUUUAUAUCUCUGGACCUUUCUAGGGCUAAUUCUAUGACACAUUACUACACUGGGUACCUCUGAAAGGUUACUAGAAUUUUUAGAAAUGUAAGAAGCAUGACUGAGCAACAUAUAUCUGUCCAAACAUUGGUAUCCCUUUUUAUGCCAUUUUAUUCUGUUAAAUCAACACUGUAUUGACAUGGUUUGCUAACUGGCAGGGAGUCAAGAAAAUGCAAGUUGCUACGAGCUCUGAUAUUUUUUAAAGAAUUUUUUAAGGUUAAACAUAUAUUAUCUUUUAAAGAAAAAAAGGAAAAAAAAGCAAUAAUGACCCCUAAGUAGUUCUAGGCACUUUUAACAAAUUGUUUGCAAGAUGAUUUUAAUGGACUAGAUUUAAGGUGAGAUUUUCUAAGGAGUAGAUCCAUAAGUGUAAACCUACUGAGGUAUUUUAUGGAGUGGAUGAUAAUAGGAGUGCCUCAGAAGUCAGGUGCAGUUCUCCAGUGUUACCUAACUAUUUUAAUCUGAGCACAUUACAUUUUUUUCAAUGCUCUGCAUUAGCAAAUCUGAGCGAAAUGGCUAGCAUAUAUUUUAUAUGCAUUUCAGUUGAGUGCAGUCCAGCUGUGAGAAUAAGGAUUUACCUUUUAUAUUAGAACUGUAGAGCAUGAGGCAAGGGGCAGUUCAGAAUUUUCACAUUUUUUACUAGCUUUCAUUGCUCUCACACAAACACCAUACACACACACAUUCAUUUGGGAACUCGAGCGCAAAAGUACUUGCUCAGUUAAAAACUUUUACGCCAUUUUUAUUUAUAUAUGUACCUUAUUUUACUAAAACAUUAAAGUACCAUAAGCAAUAAGGAAGUGUGGCUACAGAUAUGGCAGGAAUGUAUACACAUCAGAGAGAGAUGCUUUCAGAAAUUAUGAAAAUCGUGAACUACCCCUUCAGUAAAAUGCUGAACUUCCAAAGAGAAUUGGGCUGCUUCUGUUGAUAUUGAUAGAGAACGAUCCCAGGGAUCAGUCAUAAUUGGUCUUGUUUGAUAAUGUGGGCAUCCACAAAAAAACUGUAAAUGUUCCUUUGUAAAACUUGUAAAUUUAAUUUAUACUGUCUUGUUUUGUACACACAUUUCUGUGUAGUGAGCUCUGAAUACAUUGAAAAUGCACUAUAUUUUUCUAUUUUACUUGCAGAGCAUCACAAAAGAACAUGUAUUUUCAGUGCUACAUAAUGUGUUUUCCCACAUUUAGGACCAAAGACAGCCACAGAAAACUCAAAUGGAUCAUUCCUCUCCCUCUUCCCCCCUUUUUUUAUUCCUGUACAGUGUUACAUUUUCCAUUUUAUUUAUUUGUUUGAUUAGAAAAAUCAGUUUGAUUAUACCAAUUUUUUUCUCCCUCUGCCUUUAUUGAAGAAAAUCUGUAAAAAGCUUUUAAUUAGCAUAAUCCCGUUACAUAGACACUUCCAUUUGUAAUCUUUGUAAUAGACUGUAAAUAUAUUUUUGGAACUAUAACACAAUGUUCACAAGGA